UUAUAGUCAAGUAGGUUUGAGGAGAUAAAAGACCUAAAACACGUAGCGCUGGAUACGGGAGUUUUCUGGCUUCUGUUGUGUGUAUAGUUUUUUAUUUUUGUGGACUUAAACUACCUGCUGGUUCAGCUAUUUUUAUUUUCAUUUUGGGGAGAGGAAACCUAUUUUGAUAAUUUUUUCCCCCUAUUUAUAAUUGUGAGUCAAGAUUAAUACGUUUAACAACAGGCAGAUGGUCAGUCAGACAGCCAUGCGAGGCCAGCGUGUGGUGGAGAGUGAGUGCAGGUGCUGGAACCCGGCCGUCUGGCUCCUGGUGUCCCUGCUGGGUUCCCUCGUGUUGGUGGCCCUCAGCGUACUGAUGCGACUAGGAGAUAUGAAGAUACACAAACGAACUCUAUCCAGCAAUGCGAUGCAAACCCUCGAGAGGUACCAAGUCCAACUGGUGAACGGCCGCAACAGGUGCGAGGGCAGAGUGGAGGUGCGCUACAACGGCUCAUGGGGCACGGUGUGCGACGACGACUGGGACAUGGUGGAUGCCAACGUUGUGUGUCAACAGAUGGGAUGCGGAGUGGCUGUGGCUGUGGGCAGCAGCUCGCAGUUUGGACAAGGCGCGGGACUCAUCGCGCUGGAUAACGUGGACUGCCGCGGAGGCGAAGCAGACCUGAGUCAGUGUCGCAGCCUGGGAUGGGGUGUCCACAACUGUUACCACUAUGAGGAUGUGGGAGUAACCUGUAGAGAACCAGUAUUGCUGGGGGCAAGAGGGUUUGCCGAGCCCACCACAACACCCAUGGUCAAGUCUGGAUUGCGUGAUGGUACUGUCCGCUUAGUGAAUGGCAAGAACUCCUGCCAGGGCCGGGUCGAAAUCUACUACCAGAGAAGCUGGGGGACAGUGUGCGACGAUGACUGGGGCCUCCGCAAUGCCAUGGUGGUGUGCCAGCAGCUAGGCUGCGGCAAUGCGGUCUCUGCACACACCAACUCCUACUUUGGCUACGGCACCGGCCUCAUUCUCCUCGACAAUGUUAACUGCAAUGGCAACGAGCAGGAGCUGAUGAGGUGCAAAAGUCUGGGCUGGGGGAAACACAACUGUGGACACCAUGAGGAUGCCGGGGUCACCUGCACCGGAUCCACCACUGUGCCGCCUGCAGUCACAGAAAUACGGAGGAUCUUCUGGGAAACCCCGGGCACCACCGUCACAGAAAGAAUUUCAACUACCAAGCCUCCAACAACGACAACAACUGUUACCACAACUACCCAGUCAAAAGGCAAACCGACCAUCCGUGUAAUGAAUGGCCAAAAUACCUGCGAGGGUCGUGUGGAAGUUCUCUACAAAACCAUCUGGGGGACAGUGUGUGAUGACGACUGGGACAUGCCUAACGCUAACGUGGUGUGCCGGGCACUCGGAUGUGGUCCAGCUAUAGAGGCCAAGUCCCAGGCCUAUUUCGGCCACGGUCUAGGUCCCAUCUUGCUGGACAACGUGGAAUGUAGCGGCACAGAAACUGACCUGUCCCAGUGCUUCAACCUGGGCUGGGGUCAGCACAACUGUGGCCACCACGAGGAUGCCGGAGUUAUCUGUGCAUCUCCCCCAGUGUUGGAUCCAGCGUUUCUCAUUCCCAGUGGACGGGACUUCAGAGUAACAGAAAAAAUACCAGCAACCACAACAACACCCUCUGCAGGAGCGCUGAGACUGGUGGAUGGCCAGCACCGGUGUGAGGGACGAGUGGAGAUGUACCUUAAUUCCGCCUGGGGCACAGUGUGCGACGACGCCUGGGACCUUCCCGACGCCCAGGUUGUGUGUCGCUUGGUGGGCUGCGGAGAAGCGACGCAAGCUUGGGGUGAAGCUCACUUUGGACCGGGCACAGGAACAAUCCUGCUGGACAAUCUGAAGUGUAGCGGCAACGAGGCCUCCCUGCAGCAAUGCUCCCAUAUAUCUUGGAACGUGCACAACUGUGACCACUCUGAAGAUGCUGGUGUGACAUGCUCCCUGUCGUGAUCUCAGCAUCACCUCACUCCUAUCGCCAACCGUGCUAGGACUUGUACACAUUAUGUAAAUACCAGCUUUCACAUUGUUGAAGGAACACCCCCACGCAAUAAUAUAAUAUACGCAGUAAAAUUAUAAAUAUUAAGCACUUUAUAAAUAUGUGAUAUGAAUGGACACAUUUCAGCAACGCUUUUAACUGUCUAUCUCUCUUUAUUUGUGCUAAUGUCUUUUGUACAUGUUAUACAUUGAUGAUCAAGUACUCAGCGAAGCCCAUCAGUUAAGUCUGUUUAAAAUAUUAAAGGAAGAAUAGAGAUAUUACAGAUGUGUUUGAUAAAAGUCCAAUUGAAAAACCUGAAACUGUGUUCCAUAAACCAUAGGAAUGCAAGGAAACAAUUUGAAAUUUUUCCUGGCAUUUCCUUUUGUUG